AUGGCCGAAGAAGGCCCCCAGCUCGUAGCUGUCGGGGAAAAGUCCCUCACAGCGAAAUGUAAACCCAACACAUUGGCAUACUGUCCAACAAUGGACCUGAUCGCACUAGCGACCGAAGACGAAGAACUACGCGUAUUCCGACUAAAUGGACAGCGAGUAUUCGGUGGCUCAUUCGGAGGUGACCCCUACCUUGACGACAACGAAGAAGACGGGGAAGUGAGAGCGGUAGCCUGGAAGGAGAAUGGCCGCUUACUAGCCGUCGCGUGUGGUGAUAACUCCCUCCGGAUUAUCAGCGCGUAUAGCGGAAAAACAGUACACCACUACCCAGUGUACCAGCUUCAAAGCUCCUCAGUCUCAAACCCAGAACAUCCAAUCCCCUCACCAAAAGUAACAUGUCUCGGCUGGGCCAUGAACUUCACAGAUUCCAAAUCCGCCCAAAAGCACCUCCAUGAUUCAGCGGGUCGAAUCUCCGUUCAAGAUCUCCUAACACCAGGCAUUCAUCCCUCUAAGGUAGCUGCAUUGCUAAAAGCGGAUUUACCCCGCGAGCUAGCACUAAUGGACAUGGAAAGCUCAUUGCCAAAACUGAGUAUACUUCCUGCUACAGGUGCGGAGGAUGAUCUCUUUAGUUCGAGAGCAUCGAUUGAUGCUAUAUUUCACUCUGCGAAGGAUUCAAGUGACUCUGUUGAUGUUUUGUUUGUGGGCUUCGAUGAUGGGAGUGUUCAUUUGAGGAUAUUUGAUUGUUUUGAGAUUGGAUCUUUUCCUAUUGGGGAUAUGGUGGGGGUUGUGGAUUCGAGGAGGAUUCUGAGGCAUGCGUCGCAUCCUGUUAGUUCGACACAUGCUCUUAUCUCGUCGUCUGCGUCUGCGUCUGCGGCUACUUCGGGAUCGGAAAAUGCAAAUGCAAAUGCGCCAUUGAGUCUUGUUACGCUUGAUCUCAGGUUCAUUACUAAAUCCGGGCGGUAUUUGUCUCUUUUGGCGUCGAAGACGACGCAGUUGCAGAAUUUACUUCGGUAUAUUGGUUCUGUGCAGAAGCAGAUUGAGCUGGAGUGGAAGAAUGCACAGGAGCUUCCUAUGCGGUUCUUGAGGAGUGUGGAUAUGGAUUUAAAAGAGAAGUGCGAUUGUGAUUUCGUUACUGCGUUUUAUCAUCUUGUUGCGACUGGGCAUUGCUUUGAGCCGAUGAAGGAGUUUUUGGUUGAUAUUGUCGGAGAAAGGGGUCAUAAAAGGUGGGAAAAGGCUGUCGCUGGUGGAUACGAGAACAUCAGACGACUCACCCAUGAAUGUCUUCUUCCCGCGCUAGAACGGAGUCAGGUUCUACUAAGUCGACUAGUGGGACUAUCAAAAUUCGCUAAGCUCAGCGAUGUCCUCGGCCUCGAUACCUUGAAACUCAACGCAAUCGUCGAGACACUAGACUGCCUGCACCUCCUCGCUCACUGUAUAAUGAACCACGCGAACGAAGAGCUCGAGCAAUUCAACGCUUUCUCAAGAUGGAUUAAGCAUGAAAUCCUCAUUCUGAGCGCAGAGCCCCUUUCUCAAACAGAAGAAGAACUUCUUGAGAAACGGGACUUAUUCGACGUACCACCUACAGUGAAGUAUAUUACAGGUGCGCUCCGCAAAAGUAUUCUUCGAAGCUUCAUCCGCCAAAUUCCUAUGAUGGGGUUACCUUCAGUUCCUCAAUAUAGUAGUGAUCAAUGGCUUCCUGAUGGUCAUGAUCGGUCGUUUUAUGAUAACUUCAGGUCGAUAUUACAGCAGCAGCGUCAGGUUAAGGCUGAUGGCCGCGAUAGUGUCAAUGUUGAUGCGCCUAGGUUGAAUGAUUUGACGAAGCGACUUGGGAUACAGUUUGAUAAGGUCUUUGCUGAGAUCGCUUUGACGCAACGGAGAGGAAUUCUGCAUCGAUCACCGCUUACGCUUCAUACUGAUUGUGAUCAGAGUGUUCUAGAUGUGAAAAUCUGCUAUGAGGACGGCGAGCAACGCCAACCAUGUUCCAUCUACGUCGCAGCUCGAUCAUCAACAACAAAAUCACUCAUUUACAUCUACCGCGUCCUCUUCGACUCAAUAAACGGCGUAAGCUCAACCCGCACAACCUCAGUCGCCUCCCUAAACCUCCAAGAAGGCGAGAUAAAACAACUCCAAUUCUCCCACGACGACACCCUAAUGAUCCUCUGGUCCACCCAUCCUAAUCCUGCAUAUCUCCUAAAUCUCCCCUUCCAACCCGUCUCUGCACACAAAAAGGCAGACGAGCUCCCAACUAUCUUCGACUAUGUUGAGUGCGCCGCGCACCCAUCUGAGUCCAAGCCUAACAUCCCAGCUGUCUUGGUUGAUCUGGCUACGUUAUCUGAGUCUGGGGUUCUGAGACAUGUUUUCCCGGCUUCGGGGUUGAAGGCGAAGCCUGUAAGGAUGGAUGUUAAUGGCAGGAAGAGUAGGAGGGCGGUUUCUGUUUUGUAUGGGGAUGCGAUGAGGUAUGAUGUUUUGGAUUUGGAUGGGGAGACUGAUGAGGAGUUUGAGUCGGACUCGGAUGAGGAGAGUGAGGAGUUGGGGGAGGAUGAGUGA